AUGCGCACUGGAGCCCUGAUCCCCAGCCUUCCCAUGAGCCUCCGGGGCAGGCUCCAAGGCAAGCGGCGGAAGCAGCCGCUCUUAGUUUCCCGCAACACGACAGCGGCUGCCGAGCGACCCGGAAGUGUUCCCAUUUUGCGUUGUCUGGGCUCGGCGGCGGCCGGGCUCGGGGUGGACGUGCCACUAUGGGGUCGUCCAAGAAGCACCGCGGGGAGAAAGAGGCGGCCGGGACGACGGCGGCGGCCGGCACCGGGGGCGCCACCGAGCAGCCGCCGCGGCACCGGGAGCACAAAAAACACAAGCACCGGAGUAGCGGCAGUGGCGGUAGCGGCGGCGAACGACGGAAGCGGAGCCGGGAACGUGGAGGCGAGCGCGGGAGCGGGCGGCGCGGGGCCGAAGCUGAGGCCCGGAGCAGCACGCACGGGCGGGAGCGCAGCCAGGCAGAGCCCUCAGAGCGGCGCGUGAAACGGGAGAAGCGCGAUGACGGCUAUGAGGCCGCUGCCAGCUCCAAAACUAGCUCAGGCGAUGCCUCCUCACUCAGCAUCGAGGAGACCAAUAAACUCCGGGCAAAGUUGGGGCUGAAACCCUUGGAGGUCAAUGCCGUCAAGAAGGAGGCGGGCACCAAGGAGGAGCCCGUGACAGCUGAUGUCAUCAACCCUAUGGCCUUGCGACAGCGAGAGGAGCUGCGGGAGAAGCUGGCGGCUGCCAAGGAAAAGCGCCUGCUGAACCAAAAGCUGGGGAAGAUAAAGACCCUAGGAGAGGAUGACCCCUGGCUGGACGACACUGCAGCCUGGAUCGAGAGGAGCCGGCAGCUGCAGAAGGAGAAGGACCUGGCAGAGAAGAGGGCCAAGCUACUGGAGGAGAUGGACCAAGAGUUUGGUGUCAGCACUCUGGUGGAGGAGGAGUUUGGGCAGAGGCGGCAGGACCUGUACAGUGCCCGGGACCUGCAGGGCCUCACCGUGGAGCAUGCCAUUGCUUCCUUCAGAGAAGGGGAGACCAUGAUCCUCACCCUCAAGGACAAAGGCGUGCUGCAGGAGGAGGAAGAUGUGCUGGUGAACGUGAACCUGGUGGAUAAGGAGCGGGCAGAGAAAAACGUGGAGCUGCGGAAGAAGAAGCCCGACUACCUGCCCUAUGUGGAGGAUGAGAGCGUGGAUGACCUGGCACAGCAAAAACCUCGCUCUAUCCUGUCUAAGUACGACGAAGAGCUUGAGGGGGAGCGGCCGCACUCCUUCCGCCUGGAGCAGGGCGGCACAGCUGAUGGCCUGCGGGAGCGGGAGCUGGAGGAGAUCCGGGCCAAGCUGCGGCUGCAGGCUCAGUCCCUGAGCACGGUGGGGCCCCGGCUGGCCUCCGAGUACCUCACGCCUGAGGAGAUGGUGACCUUUAAAAAGACCAAGCGGAGGGUGAAGAAAAUCCGAAAGAAGGAGAAGGAGGUAGUAGUGCGGGCGGAUGACUUGCUGCCUCUCGGGGACCAGACUCAGGAUGGGGACUUUGGUUCCAGACUGCGGGGCCGGGGUCGCCGCCGAGUGUCCGAGGUGGAGGAGGAGAAGGAGCCCGUGCCUCAGCCCCCGCCAUCAGACGACACCCGGGUGGAGAACAUGGAAAUCAGUGAUGAGGAGGAGUAUGGAGCUCCGCCGCCACCGGGGUCCCCACAGGUACUGGAGGAGGACGAGGCAGAGCUGGAGCUGCAGAAGCAGCUGGAGAAGGGCCGUCGGCUACGACAGCUGCAGCAGCUGCGAGACAGUGGUGAGAAGGUGGUGGAGAUCGUGAAGAAGCUGGAGUCUCGCCAGCGGGGCUGGGAGGAGGAUGAGGAUCCUGAGCGAAAGGGGGCCAUUGUGUUCAACGCCACGUCUGAGUUCUGCCGCACCUUGGGGGAGAUCCCCACCUACGGGCUGGCCGGCAACCGUGAGGAGCAGGAGGAGCUCAUGGACUUUGAACAGGACGAGGAGCGCUCGGCCAACGGCGGCUCUGAAUCUGAUGGGGAGGAGAACAUUGGCUGGAGCACAGUGAACCUGGACGAGGAGAAGCAGCAGCAGGAUUUCUCUGCUUCCUCUACCACCAUCCUGGACGAGGAGCCGAUCGUGAAUAGGGGGCUGGCAGCUGCCCUGCUCCUGUGUCAGAACAAAGGGCUGCUGGAGACCACAGUGCAGAAGGUGGCCCGGGUGAAGGCCCCCAACAAGUCUCUGCCCUCAGCCGUGUACUGCAUCGAGGAUAAGAUGGCCAUCGAUGACAAGUACAGCCGGCGGGAGGAGUACCGAGGCUUCACGCAGGACUUCAAGGAGAAAGACGGCUACAAACCUGAUGUUAAAAUUGAGUACGUGGAUGAGACAGGCCGGAAACUCACACCGAAGGAGGCCUUCCGGCAGCUGUCCCACCGUUUCCACGGCAAGGGCUCAGGCAAGAUGAAGACGGAGCGGCGGAUGAAGAAGCUGGACGAGGAGGCGCUCCUGAAGAAGAUGAGCUCCAGCGACACGCCCUUGGGCACCGUGGCUUUGCUCCAGGAGAAACAGAAGGCCCAGAAGACCCCCUACAUUGUGCUCAGCGGCAGCGGCAAGAGCAUGAACGCGAACACCAUCACUAAGUGACGGCGCCCUCCAUCCCCCGCCCCGCCUCAACCUUGGUAUUAAAUAAAGCUCCCUCCUUAGUUUUUCCUC